UCACUCGAGCGGUCACCGGAGUGGACACAAGCGCGGGAACACGAGCAGGAACACGAGCGGGAAGAGGGGUGGGCACAAGAGUGGGCACAGGAGUGUGCGUUAGAGCUGGCACCGGAGCUGCCACCGGAGCGGGCAUCAGAGCUGGUACUGGAGCUGGAAGCGAAGCGGGCACUGGAGCUUGCAGAGAAGUGGGCACUGAAGCUUGCAGAGAAGCGGGCACUGGAGCUGGCAUGUAUCUGA